UGCGCUGUCAACUACAAUAUUAUACUACUACAAAUACAUUUAACUGCCUUCAGUCGCUAAUACCUUUCAACUAACAGAACACUGAAGCAAACCGAGUUGUUGUCUCUGUAAAGUAAAAUGGAACAUUUACGUGGUACAAACGUUAUGUUUGCAAUUGUAAUGGCAUUGUUGGUAGUACAGUCAUCUACACGACCACAACCAGAUGAACUUGACGAUAUUAAAAAGACACUGUAUAAUGCAUGUUCUGAAAAGUUUCCACUUACAGAAGAAAUUAAGAAUAAUGUUAAAAACUCAAUGGUUAUAGAUGACCAAAAUUUUAAAUGCUUUUUAAGGUGCUGCUUUGAUGAGAUGUCAUUGAUCGAUGAGGACGGUAUUAUCGAUGGAGAAUCAUUGGCAGCAAUGGCAGUAGACAAAAUAAAACCAGUCGCAGAAAAAAUAGUCCAUGAUUGUCUACCAGCUGGUAAACAAGAAAAACAAGAUGGUUGUGAAGCUGCAUUUAAGUUCUUUAGUUGUGGUAUGAAGUUAAAUCCAUUGACUAUCGAACUACUACCAUUACAAUGAUACAGUUUAGAUUUCAAUGCACUAAUAUUCUAUGGAUAUAUAAUAUACAUAGUAAAAUCGUUAUUAUACUAAACACCAUUGAUACAUAGUACGAAUUACUCAUCAACCCUUAUUUAAUACUAUUAUGUUAACUAGAUCGAUUGUAAUUUUGCACUCUGAAAAAUAAACGGAUUUAGACUUGAA